AUGUUCCUACCUUAUGCCUACUACAUUGCUAACAAUACACUUACUGCACUCUCAGAGAAGGAACCAGAAAUGGUUCUUGAUGAUCUGUUAAAAUCUUUUGAUGAAAAUGUAAUUAGUGCAAAGAGCGUUGAUGAUUCUAAAACAGAGGCACCUCAUGCUAACUCGGAUGUGCAAUGCUUCUCUGAAGAUGAAAAAGUAAAUGAAGUUUCGAAAGAUGAUGAUUCUGUGGAGAUUUCUGCUGAGGAAAUCAAUGAAUCUGACAAAUCUUCUCUGCCUACUGAAGACUUGGAUGUUACUGAAGUUCACAAAUCGAGCAUUGCAGAAGAAUUUGAACUGUCUCUUCCCCACGAAAAUGUGGAAGAAGAAACUGAAGUUGAUGGAGAUGAUGCCUUGAGCAGUGAUGAAGAAUCUUUGGAAGUGAAAGACGAUCAAGAUGAAAAUGAUCAGAUCCCACAACCGGAAAUGUAG